AUGUCGUCGUAUAGCGCAUGUUGUUUGCGUUGCAUCCAGUCGUGUUGUCGUCAAUCUCUGCUGCUGUGGUUCGCAUCGAGUCGUGCCAUCGCAUCAUGUUGUCGUGUAGCAAAUGUUGUUUGUGUCACGUCGUGUGAUUCACAUCCAGUUGUGUUGUUGCCGAUCUCUGCAGGGGACAUGGGAACUGGAAGAACCACUUUGGUCUUAAGAUUCAUCAGGGAACCAACAAUAGGAGCAGCCUUUUUCACACAGAUAUUAUCAUCAGCUGAAGCAACUGUUAAAUUUGAUAUAUGGGACACUUCCGAACAAGAAAGAUAUCAUAACUUGGCUCCUAUGUAUUAUAGUGGCUCAGUAGCAGCAAUUGUUAUGUAUGAUGUCUCAAGCAUGGAUACAUUCAUUAGAGUUAAAAAUGGGUUCAAGAACUGCAAAGACAAGCAUUUAGAUGAUGAUCCUUCAAUCUAA